UGGAAGAGCUGGCCCUUCAAUCUAUGAUUAGCUCCAGAGAGAAGAAUGUCUCUCCACCAAGUAUCACAGAGGAGACUCAAAAUACUCUUGGGCAGAUGGACAAUGAGGCUGCUAUCAAUCAAACUGAAUUGCAGCUAAGUGUUCAAGACCAUGAGGAGGAGGAGGAAGAAGAUGAAUCAGACUCUUGAAGGGAUGGAAAAAUGGGAAACAGAUUGGUCUUAUUUAUCCUAGACUCAGGAAAUUCCCUUCUGUUCAAGCAAAACUUCCCUUCAGAUUCUGCUUGGUGCUGUACACAGAUACGAACUACACAAAUGAAUGAAAAUUAUUUUUGGAAGGUUCCAGCAAUGUUAGAUUGGUGGCAUAGAUGACACAAGCUUGUCAGAAUCUUGUUUUGUAUGUUAAAAGAACGAAAAGUUGUUGCACAAAUAUGUAGCAUGAUUCCUUUUACAUUUAAAGCCUAAAAAGUAGAUUACUACUUGUUUGUAUAUAGGUGGAAAAAGUUAACCUAGUUAACUAAUUUAGUGCACUAAAAGCAAUAACUAUUCCAACUGUUAUUCCACAAAGGUGGAGAUUUGGUGCAUUACUGAAUAAUAAGAUUGGACUUCAGAAGCUCACCACCCAAAUAAUGGUACUGUAAAAUCUCAUUUUUAUAGACUGGGACUAUUUUGCUAUACAAAAGAGGAAAAAAAGGUCUGUCUGUUUGUUUGCUGUCUGAUGAAUUCUCAUCUGUAUGGAAAAUGAAAUGUCACAGUUUGUCUAUAAAUAUGACAAGUGUAGGGACUCUUAUAUUGGGAGCAGGAGCUAUUAUCCUAUUAACUCUCAAUGUUAACUCCACUUUAAACUGAAAGUCCAAGUAGCCUUUUUCAGAACUCCUGGUGUUAUCCGCAUGCCGUGCUGUCAAUCUAAAUACAAAAGUGAAGGAAAAAUGUAUUUUAAACAAGACAUAAAAUGCAAAAUUCCAGAGAAGUUACUGGUAAAAAGGAGCAGCCAGUCAGCAUCUACGUGUCCCUAGAUUGUACAAUAAAAGCUGUUUCACAAGAGAUCCCCUAAGAGGAGAUAAUAUUUUUGAACUAUUUUGUCUCCCUUUUCCCAUAGCAGAGCUCACAGUCCCCAUAAACAUAUCUUCUGCUUUUGAGCUGAUGCAAAAGGAAAGCUAUAGGAAAUUAUGGUGAUCUAGGCAACGAAAAAUUAUGGCACUUCCAGAAUUCAUGUAAUGUUAUACUAAUAAAUUAAUGUUGAGCUUAGCAGACAAAGCAUUUCCUCUGCCUGAUGACUUGCAGGUACUAAAUCACUGCAGCGGAUUCUUGUAUCAUUCCUUAAAUAGAUGUUAGAACACACAGAAAAUUGAACUUGUUACCCUGUUAAAAAUAAAAGUAGUAUCUUAAUUCAGACACCCCUGCCAACCUCUGAUAAUAAGAAAAUAUUUAUACACUAGAUUUUUUUUAAAUCUGGUAUAUAAAAUGUGCAUAAGCAUUCUAGUGUUGAUUAUAUGAUAUGAAAUUUAAAGUUAUGUUGAUGUCUCUCCUAGCAAUGCUAGCCUCACACAAAAGCUUAGUAGAAACCAAAAUUGUCAUUUUACUUAUUUAACAAAGAGGGAGGGGGAAGUUUGCCAUAUGUUCUGUGUUCUAGGUGUGAUUGUAAAACAUGAUCCAACUCUUAGUUCCUGCACCUGAGUGUAUGAAAAUAUUUGAGCCAGUAGUUGAUUGGCUCUUGAUUAAAGCUUAGCUUUAAUUUGUAGUUAUGGAUAUUAAGUUUUAGGAGGUAAGUAUAGCAUUUUCUGUUGCAGAAGAUCAGCCUGGCUCUGAGUAAUUCUGUAAUUGAAGUUUCAAUCUUGUAUUGCAGGAUGAAUUGCAGACUUGCCCCCAAACUCAUUACAGCUGGGGUUGGCUAAGCCGAAUGUUUCUAGGCCAGAGAUGUCCCAAGUUUAGGUUAGGAUGACAAAAUAAACUGUUUUAAAAAAUGUAUUCUCUUGUACAUGUAGUUUAUAAGGGUAGCAGGACAUGACCUGUGUUCCUUUGUUUUGUAGUGAUGAGCAUGUUUGCUGGCACUUAAUUCUGUUUUCUCCCUUAUAUCCUGAGACAUUGACAGCUUUUUGGUUUCAUUUUUCUAGUCUAAACACAAAGUAAAACAUGUUUUGUAACAGUUA